AUGAUAUUGCAUGUGGAUGUCUCACUCUUCCCACACAGUUCCCAUUUCGUCGUCGUCAUGGGCUUAUAUCUCGACCAGAACAGCUGGUACCAUCUGUACCACAAAAAUGAAUCCUCAAAUGCCAUGGUGGGGACGAUUUUGUACGACAAGACCAAAGACGCAGGGGCUGUCUACUCAGCGCUCUUCAAUACUUCAGACACAAGACAAUUUUGGCAAUUCUAUCCAAUCGACUCGGAAUACUAUGUAUUGCGCUCACAGCAAGGAGGGGCAGAGGCGGUUCUGGGCACAGGGCUUAACGACGUAGAGGACACACCAGGUGGAUUACGACCUCGCAUGACACGCAUCAACGCCAACGAUGAUUCAAUAUAUUGGAAAUUGACUCCUUCGGGGGAUGGAAGCUUCUAUUUCAGCAACAAGAGGAACCAAACCUCGUGGCGUCUCGCGCGCAAGCAAGGUGUUGAUGCGAAAAUGAUUAUGGAUUCGAACAUUGAAGGGAAGUCAGAUCUGCAACGGUGGAGAUACGAAAAGCUGGAUACGAGCAUCAAUAACUCCAAAUUCUCCUCGCUUCCCUUUCCAAUAGCGAGUUCGACUACAUCGUCAUCAGGCUCGACUUUCAGCACAGGCACACCACCACCUGAUCCGCACCCAAAAGAGACGACGAGCUCAACAGAUGCAUCAACAGGUUUAUCGACAGGCACCAAACUCGCAAUCGGACUGUCCAUUGGUCUCGCUGCGCUCAUUGGGCUCAUAAUCCUCGGCUUAUUCGUAUGGAGGAAGCGCAGAAACACCCGGCAUCCGAAAACCCAGAUGCCAUGUAUCGCCAAUGGCAAAGACCUCGUUAUGGCGUACGAAAUCGAUCAGGAUAGCACAGUCAAACACGAAUUGGCCUCCCAACAACAAUUCUCGGAAAUGCCAUACAACCCUCGCCCGGUGGAAAUGCCUAUGAAUCUUCCUCCUGCUGAGCUACCCAGCUCGCCGCUGCAGAGGCGUUAG